UGCGGGUAGCAUCAGUCUACAGGAGAAGUUUUCACUGGCAAGAAAACUUAAGCUGACUAAGUAUAAGAAUUCAUUAACAAGACAAAGAAGCAUGGAGUACCUCUGCUUCCUUCUGUUGGUGACAGCAGGCUUGGUUGCAUCUGAAAAUCCUGAUGAAAACUUGGAAGUGGAUGAUAAGGAUUUGUUCGAGGGAGAUAUGAUUGUCCCUCCCGAUGUCUUCUAUAAAGCCGAGCACGGAAUGGAUGUUGAUAGCUCUCGCAAAAGAGGUGCGAUCAGAAGCAGACUGUGGCCGUCAGGAGUGGUUCCUUAUGUCAUCUCUAGAAGCCUUGCUGGAAGUACGUCUCCCAUUUAUGCAGGAAUGAGAGAAUGGUCAAGAAAGACAUGCAUCCGUUUUAAGAGGCGAACAAAUGAAAGAGCCUUCAGACCUCGAGGGUGUUAUUCAAAUGUGGGCAGAACUGGAAGAUCUCAAAUUAUUAACCUUGGUCCCGGAUGCCGGACUCUAGGAAUUGUUGCCCAUGAAAUCGGCCAUGCCAUUGGAUUCUUUCAUGAACAGUCUCGUUCCGAUAGAGAUAAAUUCGUCACAGUGCUGUUGCAAAAUGUAAUACCAGGGACAGAGAAUAAUUUUAGGAAGUACCCAAGGUCAGUCAUUGAUUCUCUUGGAACCUUUUACGAUUAUAGAAGCUUAAUGCAUUACGGAAGCAGAGUAUUCAGCAAGAACGGCAGACUUCCAACCAUAAUAACAAAAAACCCGAGGGUAUUUAUUGGCCAGCGGAGGCGCUUAAGUCCAAUUGAUGCACAGCAAGCCAACCUUUUGUACCGAAAUGAAUGUAGAAAGAGAGGAGGGGGAGGAGCUUAA